AUGUGUCGAAUAGACUCUACGGGCCCAGUUGACGGUGCGGCAGAUUUCAAGCCUGAACCAGUGAAAAAGGGCCACAUGUUGGCCGUCGUGGUGUCUCCGACACGAGAACUUGCGAGCCAGAUCCAGAGAGUUUUCGAUAGCGUUCUUGACUUUUUGCCCGAGGAGAAAACGAAGAUUAAUACUCAACUUGUUGUUGGCUCGCUCAGUAGUGUGAGAGAAGACUUGGAAACGCUUCUUUUGCAGAGAAGCCACAUUGUUAUUGCCACGCCAGGCCGUCUUCUUGACUUGCUCUCGUCCGAAAAAGUGAAAACGUCUUCGGUGGAAGUGGCUGUCUUGGAUGAAGCCGACAAACUUUUGGACAUGUCUUUUGAGACUGAUGUAUUGUCCAUUUUGAAACAGCUCCCCAGACAAAGAAGAACAGGGCUUUUCUCUGCCACCCUCAGCGCUGCUGGUGACAAAAUCUUCCGCACGGGAAUGAUGAAUCCAGUGAAAGUAGCUGUCAAGUCGAAAAACUCAAAGAAGGCAGCUCCCACGUCCUUGACAAUCCAGUAUAUGCUUGUGGAUGCAGAGAAGAAGUUAACGACAAUGCUCAAGUUAGCUGCAGACUACAAGUUCAAAAAAUGUAUUGUGUACUUUCCCACAUGUACAUCCAUCAAGCUUUUCUACAGUAUGAUUGAAAACUGGAAGAAAGCAACGCUGUUUGAGGCAAAGUUCUACUCGUUGCAUGGCCAGCUUUCCACCAAUGCCAGAUUGAAGACGCUUCAAAAUUUCACUGAAGGUGACACCGCUGAGUCGAAACAUAUUUUGUUGACCACAGACGUUGCUGCUAGAGGUAUAGACAUUCCCGAAGUUGAUUUGGUCAUUCAGCUAGAUCCUCCUACUGAUCCAGACGUUUUCUUGCAUAGGUGUGGUAGAACCGGAAGAGCCAAUAAGGUCGGCCGUGCCUUAGUGAUGCUUAAUAUUAAUUCUCGUGAAGAAGAUUACGUUGAUUUUAUGGAAGUGAAAGGUGUUGAAAUGUCCCAAAUGAAUGUGCCUCAAGAUGAAAAAUUGCAUCAAGAGUUUCAACAGCAAACCAAAGCGUUUAUGCUAGCCGAUAGAGCUCGCCAUGAGCUUGCUGUGAAGUCUUAUGUUGGGUUUAUGAGAUAUUACCAGAAACACCUUGCAUCUUCCAUUUUCAGAAUGCAAUCGAUAGAUUACUUGGGCUUGGCGAAAAUGUACGGAUUGCUUCGUUUGCCUAAAAUGCCCGAAACAAAGUAUAUUCCCGCCGAAAAAAUGCCUGAAGACGGCUGGUUGAUCCCAGAACCUUUGGACAUGGAUAAAUACGCAUAUGCCGACAGUUCGAAGGAAGAAUCACGGUUGGAGCAUUUGGAAGAGGAAAAGCAGAAAAAAAUCAAAGAUGCCAAAGCCCGUAAAUUGCUCAAGAAGAAAAAUGAAGCUUGGUCUGUGAAGGUGGAUACGAAAGAGUCGAAAAGUGUACGUCGGGAGAAAAAUAAAAGAAAGAGAGAAGCCAUUGAAAAACAGAUCAUGGAGGAGUCCUCGGACGAUGAAGAAACACAGCAAGAUUGGAAAGAUUUGGUCCGACUGAAUAAAAAGAGCAAAGGAGACUCAAAUAUGCAAGGUUCGUUUGAUGAUAUGUGA